AGUUAAACCAUGAUUAUAGAGCUCAAGCUCAAUGUCAAUGCUCCGGAUUCUGAUAAGCUUAACCCAGCUUAACUGUAUUUUCGAAGUAAAUUCAAUAGUAAAGAAUUUGUUUCGUUUUGCACCUUUUUGGAUACGUUUCACAGAUCAUAUUUAUUGUUAAAAUAAAUUCCAGAUUAUGAUACGAAAUGGUAAUUUUAUUAAAAAGUUGCAUUCGUUAUUUUAGUUUCAUUCACCGGUAACGCCCUAAUAUUCGCAGAUAUGAAUCACUUCGUGAAAUGAUAUGAAACAACAAUUUAAGAAAGAAAAGAGACAUUAUUUGGAGAAAUAAUAUAUUACAAAAUGGACAGCAAGGGAAGAAAGAUUAUAGUUUGCGAUAAUGGUACCGGGUUUGUCAAAUGUGGAUAUGCUGGUGCUAAUUUUCCGGCUCACAUAUUUCCAUCUAUCGUUGGACGACCUAUAAUCAGAGCUGUUAAUAAAAUUGGUGAUAUUGAUGUGAAGGAUGUGCUUAAUAUGCCUAAUUUAAUGGUUGGUGAUGAAGCGAGUAAACUUCGUUCUAUGUUGGAGAUAAGUUAUCCCAUGCAAAAUGGAAUUGUUAGAAAUUGGGAAGAUAUGUGUCAUGUGUGGGAUUAUACGUUUGGCAAGGAGAAAAUGAAUAUUAAUCCUAAAGAAUGCAAAAUUUUAUUAACUGAGCCACCGAUGAAUCCUAUCACAAAUCGUGAAAAAAUGAUUGAGGUAAUGUUUGAAAAGUAUGGUUUCGCUGGGACAUAUAUUGCGAUUCAGGCAGUAUUGACAUUAUAUGCUCAAGGACUGAUUAGUGGUGUCGUGGUAGACUCUGGUGAUGGUGUCACGCAUAUUUGCCCUGUGUUCGAGGAAUACGCUUUGCCACAUUUGACCAGACGACUAGAUAUAGCCGGACGUGACAUUACAAUGUAUCUAAUUAAAUUGCUACUGUUACGCGGCUACGCAUUUAAUCAUUCGGCUGACUUUGAGACAGUUAGAAUGUUAAAAGAGAAAUUAUGUUACAUCGGUUACAAUAUAGAAACUGAAGAAAAGCUAGCUCUGGAAACCACCGUGUUGGUAGAAUCAUAUACUCUUCCUGAUGGACGUGUAAUAAAAGUAGGUGGUGAGAGAUUCGCAGCACCGGAAGCGCUCUUCCAACCACAUUUAAUUAAUGUCGAAGCACAAGGUAUAGCCGAGUUAGUGUUUAGUACAAUUCAAGCAGCUGACAUCGAUAUCAGAAGCGAGCUGUACAAGCACAUUGUUCUAAGUGGAGGUAGUACAAUGUAUCCAGGACUUCCAUCGAGACUUGAAAGAGAAAUUAAACAACUUUAUCUGCAAAGAGUAUUAAAAAAUGAUACAACUAAGUUAAAUAAAUUUAAAAUAAAAAUUGAAGACUCACCUCGACGUAAAGACAUGGUUUUCAUGGGUGGUGCUGUGCUAGCAGAAAUAACAAAAGAUCGAGAUUCUGUGUGGAUAACACGGGAAGAAUAUGAAGAAAAGGGUCUCAGUGUAUUAAAGAAAUUAGGUUCCUACGAAUCAUAAAGAAAGUCCUUUAAUAUAGACUCCAAUGAAACAUUGGAUAUAUACAAGGUGUAUCUUUAUAUUUGCUCAUUUUGAUGAGUAAAAUGUGCUCCUAAAGUAGCAGCUCACAUUUAAAAUAUGCUUUGUAUAUGUAUUAAGCAUUUAUAACUAGAUUAUAUUUCAAACAGUAUUAAAUUUAAAUAUUUUGUUAAACAAGAAAUAAGAUCACAUUUAAUAUAC